UGCACACGGAGUAUGUGAAACGGACGCUUCAGCCUGGCAGUCGGAAUAAAGUACAACACGGACGUUAUUCUCUGCAUUGAUCAGAACGUCAUUCCUCAAACAAUUAGGCGAAGCAGUUCCCUCAUUUAUUUAAGAAUGCUUUCCCGACAGUUAAUGGCUAUAAGUUUUGCUUGUUAUUUUCUCAUCAGCAAAGGAGAACGAGCCACAGUAAGGCCUGCAAGUGUGAGGGUUACUUCUGAUGAGAUUCCUGUUGUUGGAUACUCUGAGUUUACCUUGGUGACCUGCACAGCUUCCAGAUCCCAGCCAGCAGCCCAGGUCUCAUGGCAUUUGGGCACCUUGAUUGAUUCUGUGAAGGUAUUGACCAGCACUGUUAAACAUCUGGAUGGGACAUACACAGUCACAAGCAGUUUGUCUGGAGUCCCAACUGUAGAGAUGAAUCAACAACAUGUCCAGUGUGUAGUGAGACAUUCUACAUUGAAAUUGGAAAUUGAUCACAAUAUUGUUGUUCACUAUCCACCUCAGUUGGUCUCUGUGACACCACUUGAGAACUUUUAUAGUUCUCACGGGUAUCAGUGUGAGGCGGAUGCCAAUCCUGCAGCCACACACUUCAGCUGGCACAGGAUGAACCAGGCUAUCCCUGAUGAAUCCAUUAAAGUAGAGGGGAACAAACUGUACUUCUUGAAAUUGACACCUGACCUCAGUGGCCUGUAUAUCUGCAAUGCUUCAAACAAGUAUGGUGCUGGAUUUGGCUCACUGUACUGGCACAAAGGAGAAAAGAUGGAAGACAACCAUUCAGAGCUUUGAACACUUAAUCCUGACAUAAUUCACCUUUUCUCGCUGUCAUUUAACAAAUAUUUAAUUUAAACAAACAGGAAUUUGAUUGAUUAAUCGAUGAUCAAUUAUUCGUUGUGGUGAACGUCAAUUAACCAAUUUCAUCACACAUGCAUUCAGUAAUCAUGCCAGCAGAUAGUGAAAAAAUCUGCCUAUGUAGUCGCUUGCAUGUUGCAUGUCACAUCCUGUCAGCAAAAUAGAAUAAAAACACAGACGCUCAUUCUUCACUUCCUAGCUUGUAAAGAUGAACUAGGCUUAAUGUAUUGUUGGAGCAUUUCUCUAUAGAUAUAUAGAUAUAUAGAGAAAUACAUACAUAGGGGUGCCAUAUAACCACCACCCGCUCCAGAAGGCAUGUUGUCGAAAAUGGGUAGUUGUGCCCUGUGCAUGCAUUUACUUAGGUAGCUGUUUCAUGUUUCCUUCUACAGUUAGGAAUUUUUAUUUUUCUCCAAUGUUGAUGUAUUGAAGUUUGCAUUAUUUAGAAUGGUUGGCCAGUCAAAAAUCUAACUUUGUAAAAAUUAAGUCUUGAUUGAAGAAAAUAUGCAUCUUGUAUUUUUUGAGUUUCAACCUGUACACUACUUACAGUUUAGUACUGUUAUCGUCACUGAUUAAUUGUCAUUAAUUAUGAUAUAAUUUUAAUUCAUUGAAGUCAAUAAUUGUCAAUUCAGAAAAUUUAUUAAAAUUCGCAACCCUAUAAACAACAUAUUACAUUUAUUUGUGAACAAUGCAUUAAUGAAUUAUAGUUUUGUAUAUAUGUUUUUGUAUUUGUUACAAUACAACCCAUACCUCUUUACCAAAGGGGAUAUUUUGCAUCUUUACGACCAGAGCUGCUCUCAAUGACAAAAGCUGUAGGUGAGGGUAUAUGGAAAGUUUAGUCACCAUCUUUGUGUACAAAAUUUCACAGGGAUAUAAACAAUUCCCAAAUCAAGGAUCGCAGUUGUGAAAACACUACAAUAUACAUUCAGUACAACAUUGCUGUAUUUUAGACGGUUUAUUAUAGUUAGUAGUUUAUUUGUCUGUUCUAUUUUUUAUAUUGUUGUUAUAAUCUUUUAGUGCUACUGUGUACGUCUGUGUUUUGUGUGUGUUCUGGCUGCCUUGCAUGGAGUCCAAAACAAAUAACCUGAGCAGCGCAAUAAAG